AUGACUUCACAUUUUCCCGAUGAUUUUUCAUCCUAUACAAAUACUAGUCCAGAUAUUUUGUAUAUUCUUGUGGAGCUAAACAGAGAUGUUGGUUCGAGGAGCUACGUGAGAGGAGCCCUCGACAAGGUUCACCAAUGUCCCUACUGCAAUUAUUCUUCAUCUCUGAAGUGCAACAUGACUGAGCACUUGUUCACUCAUACCAGAGAGAACUCACUUUCAGUUUACAACAGUCACUCCCAAAGCCUUGCAGCAAAGAACCAGCUCUUGUAUAAAAGUUUAAAUCAUGUAGGAGGCUCCUACUCAUGCUCCUUAUGUCCAUACCGUGCAUCUCGGAGUUAUGCCUUAAAGUAUCACAUGUUGAAGCAUCAAAACUUCACUGUGGGACUGAACAGUGAUGGUUCGAGGAAUAGCGGGAGAGGAGCUGUCGGCAAGAUGCACCAGUGCCCAUACUGUAAAUAUUCCACCGUUAGGAAAGACCACAUAACAAAGCACAUUCGUACGCACACUGGAGAGAAACCUUUUACAUGUCCAUACUGUAACUACAGUGCUGCAUCAAAAGACAACUUGAAGUUACAUGUUCGCACCCACACUGGUGAGAAGCCAUUUAACUGUCCCUACUGUCCCUUUCGUGCUUCUCGGAAGGAUAGUCUUCAAGUUCACAUUCGUAUUCAUACUGGAGAGAAGCCAUACACUUGUUCUAAAUGUCCAUACCGUUCCUCUCAGAGGAAUGCAUUAGCAUGUAAUGUAUUUGUUGAUGGGCGUUCCCAACAGGUGGGGCCGAACAGUCAUGGUUCGAGGAAUUUCGGGAGAGGAGGCAGCAGCAAAGUGCACCAGUGUCCGUACUGUGUAUACUCAACAGUUAGGAAAGACCACAUGACAAAGCAUAUUCGUAUUCAUACAGGAGAAAAACCAUUCUCCUGUUCAUAUUGUUCUUAUAGCACUACAACCAAAGAUAGCCUUAAGCAGCAUGUUCGCACACAUACUGGAGAAAAACCUUUUACCUGUCCUUACUGCCCCUUUCGAGCAUCACAGAAUUGUAAUGUAAAAACCCACAUUCGUGUUCAUACCGGAGAGAGACCGUAUACAUGUUCAAAAUGUUCAUAUAGGGCAUCUCAGAAAUCUGCUUUACAGUCACACAUUGAUGUUCUGUCACAUCAUUAUCAACAUCAGGGGACAUCUAAUCAUCACAUCCUGAGUCCUGCCAUCCAGGAUGAGCCUGGCUAUGGGCUGGACAUGGAGUGGGUGGUGCUGGACCAAGAUUGUCUGAGACCUGGUGUUGGCGCAACUGGACAAGGAAGGGGCUACACCACUUCGAAGAAACACAAGUGCCUCUACUGUCCCUACACCACUAACCAGCACUCUCAUUUGACAGCACAUUACCGCACACAUACAGGGGAGAAGCCUUUUUCAUGCCCAUACUGCACCCAUCAUUCAAUGACUACCAGUGAUUUAAAUAAACAUAUCAGGAUUCAUACAGGAGAAAAACCAUUUGCCUGUCCACAUUGUUCCUAUCGCUCCACACAAAAUAGCAGUUUGAAGUCACAUCUUCGUACGCAUAGGGAAAAACCUUGA